AAUACUAGUUCUUGUUUGGCUCUGCCUCUCAGUUUAUACUUCAAAUCUAAGUCUAAUUCUCCUUUCAAAUCUAAUUCUCCUUCAAAUCUUUCGCCAAAUUCGAUCUGUAAAUUGCAACAAUGGCUGGAAAGGGUGAGGGUCCGGCCAUAGGAAUAGAUCUUGGAACUACUUAUUCCUGCGUCGGCGUGUGGCAGCACGACCGUGUUGAGAUCAUCGCCAAUGACCAGGGGAACAGGACCACGCCGUCGUAUGUCGGCUUCACCGAUUCCGAGCGCCUCAUUGGUGACGCCGCAAAGAAUCAGGUCGCCAUGAACCCGAUCAACACAGUUUUCGAUGCCAAGAGAUUGAUCGGAAGGCGGUUUACUGAUGCCUCGGUUCAGAGUGAUAUCAAAUUGUGGCCAUUCAAAGUUUUUUCUGGACCUGGUGACAAGCCUAUGAUCAGUGUUAACUACAAGGGUGAGGAGAAGCACUUUGCUGCUGAGGAGAUUUCAUCAAUGGUUUUGAUGAAGAUGAGGGAGAUUGCUGAGGCAUACCUUGGUUCAGCAGUGAAGAAUGCUGUUGUGACUGUUCCAGCUUACUUCAAUGAUUCCCAGCGUCAAGCCACCAAGGAUGCUGGAGUUAUUGCUGGCCUCAAUGUGAUGCGUAUCAUCAAUGAGCCUACAGCUGCUGCCAUUGCUUAUGGUCUUGACAAAAAGGCAACAAGCGUUGGAGAGAAGAAUGUGUUGAUCUUCGAUCUUGGAGGUGGAACGUUUGAUGUCUCUCUUCUAACGAUUGAGGAGGGUAUCUUUGAGGUGAAGGCCACCGCUGGUGACACUCACCUCGGUGGUGAGGACUUUGACAACAGAAUGGUCAACCACUUUGUUCAGGAGUUCAAGAGGAAGAACAAGAAAGACAUCAGCGGUAACCCCAGGGCCUUGAGAAGGUUGAGGACAGCCUGUGAGAGGGCUAAGAGGACUCUUUCAUCCACUGCUCAAACCACCAUUGAGAUCGACUCUCUCUAUGAGGGUAUUGAUUUCUAUGCCCCCAUCACACGUGCUAGGUUCGAAGAACUCAACAUGGAUUUGUUUAGGAAGUGUAUGGAGCCGGUUGAGAAGUGCCUGAGGGAUGCGAAGAUGGACAAAAGCACCGUGCAUGAUGUUGUCCUUGUUGGAGGAUCCACCAGAAUUCCCAAGGUUCAACAAUUGUUGCAGGACUUCUUCAAUGGCAAGGAGCUUUGCAAGAGCAUCAACCCUGAUGAGGCAGUUGCCUAUGGUGCUGCUGUCCAAGCUGCUAUUCUGAGUGGUGAGGGUAACGAGAAGGUCCAAGACCUAUUGCUUCUUGAUGUCACUCCCCUCUCUCUUGGCUUGGAAACCGCUGGAGGUGUCAUGACUGUUUUGAUCCCAAGGAACACCACCAUUCCCACGAAGAAGGAACAGGUCUUCUCUACUUACUCAGACAACCAGCCUGGUGUCUUGAUUCAAGUCUACGAAGGUGAGAGAACAAGGACAAGGGACAACAACUUGCUUGGAAAAUUUGAGCUCUCUGGAAUCCCCCCUGCUCCCAGAGGAGUUCCUCAGAUCACGGUUUGCUUUGACAUUGAUGCCAAUGGUAUCUUGAAUGUCUCUGCUGAGGACAAGACCACUGGUCAGAAGAACAAGAUCACUAUCACCAAUGACAAGGGUAGGCUCUCCAAGGAUGAGAUUGAGAAGAUGGUUGAGGAGGCUGAGAAGUACAAGUCGGAAGAUGAGGAGCACAAGAAGAAGGUUGAGGCGAAAAAUGCGUUGGAGAAUUACGCGUACAACAUGAGGAACACCGUGAAGGAUGAGAAGAUUGCCUCAAAGCUCCCCGCAGCUGAUAAGAAGAAAAUUGAGGAUGCCAUUGAGUCGAGCAUCCAGUGGCUUGACGGGAACCAGCUGGCAGAGGCUGAUGAGUUUGAGGACAAAAUGAAGGAGCUGGAGAGCAUCUGCAACCCCAUCAUCGCAAAGAUGUACCAAGGGGCUGGUGGGGAGGCGCCAAUGGACGAUGAUGAUGUGCCUGCCCCCAGUGGUGGCAGCAGUGCUGGUCCCAAGAUUGAGGAGGUCGACUAAAUCAGUCGCGGUGUCUGACCCAUGUUUAUUCUAUCUAUCCCUUUUUUUUGCUGGACAAGAUUGAUUUUGAUGCCGUUUUGUCAGAAUCAUGUUAAUGUUUUUUAAUGCUAUGGAUUCUAAGUUUUGCCC